CACUUCACAUUCACAAACCAUCAAACAACAAACAAACAUAGAAAGACAUCCCAAAGACACACAAAAUGACCACUCACCCAGGACUAGGAUCAUCUCCAUCAUCCCUAAACUUACUCAACACGAUCGAAACCAAUGGCACAGGAACAAUUUCAUCAGACACCAACGAUCCACCCACUUACCAAUCUGUUCCAAUCAAUCCAUCUAUACCUCCUCAAAACAAUUCAAUUCAAAAUAAUCAACCAAUUCAAAAUCAUACAGAAACUUCUAUUUGGAAACAAUCUUCUCAUCCUGUUGCUUUAUUCUUUCUUUACUUUUUUAGAUCUUUAGCUAUUACUACAUACGUUUUAUGUGGAUUCUUUUCAGAUUCAUAUGUAUUUUCAACAGUAAUUGUAGUGAUUCUCUUAUCAGCAGAUUUCUGGACGGUUAGGAAUGUUUCAGGUAGGGUUUUGGUUGGAUUGAGGUUUUGGAAUCAGGUAGAUGAGGAUGGUAGUAGUUAUUGGGUCUUUGAAAGUCGUGAUCCUUCACAACCUUCUAAUGCAGUAGACUUAAAGAUGUUUUGGACAGCACUUUAUGCUUUUCCAACGGCUUGGGUGGUUUUGUUUUUUAUUGGUUUAUUGAAAUUUAAUUUAUCUUUCUUACCGAUCGUUUUAUUGGCAUUAGUAUUUAAUUUUACUAAUACCAUUGGAUUUACUUAUGCAGAUCGAGAUUCGAAAAGGAAAUUAGGUUCGAGUGCUAGUAAUCUUUUAAAUAACUUUGGUGGUGGUUUGGUUUCAAGUCUUGCUAAAGUUAGUAUGGGUAAACUGUUUAAAUAAAUUAUUAAAUGAAAAUCUUCCAUAAGAAUUCAUGAUGAUGAAGUAGUAUGAUAAGAGAGAGAGAAAUGAGAGGAUUGUAGUUGAAUGAUGUAAUUUGUAGAUAUAGAUAAAUUGGAUUCUUGGUGUUAGAAAAACCUUCUUGGGAUUUUUUGGUGGGUUUGGCUUCGAAUUGAAAAAGUUAUUUAUUGAUUUAGGUUUUAUAUAAAUUAGAUGAUUUUUUUGAAGAAUUUGAUCAUGUAUGAGAU